AUGGAGCUGCCAGCACGGGCCAGCAUCCUGCUGGACGACGUCAUUUUCAACGACGGCGCCUGGUUUAGUUGCGAGUCCGCCCGCAUCACGCGCUGGCAACAGGUGCGCAUCGACGGCCCCGUGAAGCUGGAAGACGUCACCUUCAACGACAGGGUCGAGGGGGCGUGCUUUAGCCCUGGUUCGGUGUUCGAUAACUGCAACUUCGAGUUCGGCAUGGGCAAUGUCGCCGCUGUAGAGUGCACGUUCACGAAUUGCAAGAUGGACAGCGCCAUGAAGAAUUACCACAUGGCACACUGCAACUUCGUCGGCAGUUACUUCGAGAACUGCGCCUUCCUGCCGAAUUACCCGAACCGUGGCGCCACGCUCUACGAGUCCGAGGAGGCGAGCAACUUCAGCUUCGCGAGGUUCAAGCAGUGCACGCUCUUUGGGCGCACCGCCGCCUUCAAGUUCGGGGACCAGAAGCUCUCUGCGGCCUGGAACCUCCACCAGGCACAGCUGGUCUGA